GAUAAAUCCAGACCUUGAAAAACUUUCCCCUUACGAAUGUGGCUUUGACCCCCUUAGCUCAGCACGCCUCCCCUUCUCCAUUCGAUUCUUCUUAGUCGCAAUCUUAUUUUUGUUGUUUGACUUGGAGAUUGCACUCCUGCUCCCCCUCCCCUGAGGUAAUCAACUUAUAUACCCCUUCCAUACUUUAAUAUGAGCCUCUUUUGUACUUGUACUUUUGACAUUAGGUUUAAUGUAUGAGUGGGUGCAAGGCGGAUUAGAAUGGGCAGAAUAAGUACUUAGUUUAAACAAAACAUUUGAUUUCGGCUCAAAAAACGUGGUUAAAAUCCUCAAGCACUUUAAUGUCACUAAUUCACCUUGCCCUUUCAAGUUGCUUUAUUCUAGGUCUAAUAGGCGUUUCAUUUCACCGUACUCAUUUACUAUCUGCUUUACUAUGCCUAGAGGGAAUAAUGCUUUCGCUUUACCUAACACUCUCUGUCUGAGUAUUACAAAUAGACUCACCCAAUCUCUCGUUAGCCCCCAUGCUCCUUUUGGCAUUUUCAGCAUGUGAGGCAGCAGUCGGAUUAGCCCUUCUUGUAGCCACCUCACGCACUCACAACACUGAUCACUUAAAAGCACUUAAUAUCCUACAAUGUUAAAAGUUCUUAUCCCAACCAUAAUAUUACUCCCAACUGUUUGACUAACCCCAUUUAAAUGACUUUGACCCACAACUUUGACUCACAGUCUUGCCAUCGCAUUAACCAGUUUAUACUGAAUAAAUGCAUCUUCUGAGACAGGGUGAACAACCCUUAAUCAAUUCAUAGCAACAGAUCCGUUAUCAACCCCUCUCCUAGUACUCUCUUGCUGACUACUUCCUCUUAUAGUCUUAGCAAGUCAAAACCAUUUAAGCAAUAACCCCCCUAACCGCCAACGGACUUUCAUUACAUUACUUAUUACACUACAAACCUUCUUAAUCCUAGCUUUCAGUGCUACUGAGUUAAUUAUAUUUUAUGUGAUAUUUGAAGCCACCCUUAUCCCUACCAUUUUAAUUAUUACCCGUUGAGGUAACCAAGCUGAACGUUUAAACGCAGGCACUUAUUUCCUAUUCUAUACUUUAGCUGGAUCAAUACCACUUCUUGUAGCUCUUUUAAUACUUCAAAACAAUGCCGGCUCCCUCUCCAUAUUUAUUAUGCACCACUCACUUCUCUUAGAGAUAUCUACUUCAACUAAGCUGUUGUGAGCAGGCUGUCUUGUGGCCUUCCUAGUUAAGAUACCAUUAUAUGGUAUCCAUCUUUGGCUCCCUAAAGCACACGUAGAAGCCCCUAUCGCAGGGUCAAUGGUUUUGGCCGCUGUACUCCUUAAAUUAGGUGGUUAUGGUAUAAUCCGCCUUUUAGCUCUUUUAGACCCUCUCACUAAAGAACUGGCCUAUCCAUUUAUUAUUAUGGCUCUUUGAGGCGUGGUUAUAGCAGGAUCCAUCUGUCUCCGACAAACAGACCUUAAAUCUAUAAUUGCAUACUCCUCAGUCAGCCAUAUAGGUCUUGUUGCUGCCGCUAUUUUAAUCCAAACAUCAUGAGCUUUUAAAGGGGCAAUAAUUUUGAUAAUUGCACAUGGCCUUACUUCUUCAGUAUUAUUCUGCUUAGCUAACUUUUAUUACGAACGAACCCACACCCGAACCCUAUUAUUAGCUCGAGGUAUACAAGUGAUCUUCCCAUUUAUAGGUUUAUGAUGACUUGUAGCAACCGUAGCCAAUUUAGCUUUACCUCCUCUACCAAAUUUCACAGCAGAAUUACUUAUUAUUACCUCAUUAUUUAAAUGGUCCCCCUUAACCAUUCUAUUAGCCGGUGCAGGGGUUAUUAUUACUGCUGCUUACUCACUGUACCUUUUUCUUGUUACUCAACGGGGCCCUCUCCCUAAAGAAUUUAUUGAGCAGGACCCAGCUCUUACUCGAGAACAUCUAAUCUCAAGCCUAACUCUUCUCCCACUGGUAUUCCUAAUCUUUAAACCACAUCUAAUUUGAGGUUUCAAACAUU